UGUUCGCUCGCAGCCGGAGACGCUGCUUUUUUUUUCCGGGUUCGGAGCCGUUCCGGAUGCUCUAGGCUGCCGGAUGUCUGAUCUCCGGAUAACUGAGGCGUUUCUGUACAUGGAUUAUCUGAGAAUGUCUGAAUGUAUCCAGAUCUCAUUUGCUGUCUGUAGAAUUGGCAUGUACACGUGUUUUAGAGCACUCUGCUGCAAGGGACCACCACCUGCACGCCCAGAGUAUGACCUGGUCUGCAUAGGCCUCACGGGCUCUGGCAAGACCAGCCUGCUGUCCAAGCUCUGCAGUGAAAGCCCCAACAGCGUGGUGUCGACCACAGGUUUUAGUAUAAAAGCAGUGCCAUUCCAGAAUGCCAUCUUGAAUGUAAAAGAACUUGGAGGGGCUGAUAAUAUCCGGAAAUACUGGAGCCGCUACUACCAAGGAUCUCAAGGGGUAAUAUUUGUAUUAGACAGUGCCUCUUCAGAAGAUGAUUUAGAGACUGCUAGAAAUGAACUGCACUCAGCUCUUCAGCACCCACAGUUAUGCACUUUACCAUUUUUAAUAUUGGCCAAUCAUCAAGACAAGCCAGCGGCUCGAUCAGUACAAGAGGUCAAAAAAUAUUUUGAACUUGAACCACUUGCACGUGGAAAACGCUGGAUUCUGCAGCCCUGCUCGCUGGAUGACAUGGAUGCACUGAAAGACAGCUUCUCUCAGCUGAUAAAUUUGUUAGAAGAAAAAGACCAUGAAGCUGUAAGAAUGUGAAAUUUGGCAAAGAAAAUGGGUUCCCACAAGGCCUUGAACCUAUCAUGUUAGUUUCUCCGUUUAAUUUUAUUUUGGUAUCAAGACUGUAAUGGCUUCAGUAUCUGUUUUCUUCCAGUUAUCUCAGACUCUUAUCUCUCUAUUAAAGUGAAUAUUCUGUAAAUCAGGUGAAUUAUCAUCGGCAUUACCGUCAAGUAUACACUACUGAGAGAGAAUUUAUUCUCUGUUUACCACUAAUUAUCUUCACCGCAUGUCUCUUCCUUCUGUUGUUCUAAGCGUCUCUUCUCUACUGUGUGCUAAAAUGGAUGGAAUUCGUGGCUCACAGAAACCAAAUCCCUUAUGGAGGACUCAGGGAGACUGAGAACCUCGGCUUAUUUACCCUGGGUUUGGGGUGGAGUAGUGUGUGACUAGGGCUCCCCCAUAAUACGUGUAUCAUUUUCAAGAUCUCUUGGGGGUUUUAUUUUAUCUUAUUUUUAAGUUUUCUGUAUACUGGCCUUACAGCGUAUGGGAGAAAAAUGAGCACCAAAAAC